UGCGCGUGUGAGUGUUGCUCCUCGUCUGGAGUAAAGGUGGAUCAGAGGAGCUGUCAGUUUCAGAACCAUUUAGCAGUGAAUGGAAAGCUCAUUUUCAACCAAGGUUAAAACGUCAGCCUUCUCAGUGCGGAAACUGGUGAUAAACGGCAGCCAACGUACACACGGCUACGCGUGUCUAUCAGGAUUCUGCAGCUUCUUAUAACGUUAGCAUUUGUAAUGGCAGGGUGAAAAGAAGAUGAGCAGAGCAGCAUGGCGAAGAGACCUGCCAAUCAUCCUCCAGCUUACUGACCCUCACCAAAUGGACCCAUUUUUUGUUUCAUUUUGUGUUAGAAAGGAAGCUUAGGAGACAAACAACAAGAAAGAGACAGAGGCCUGUACUGAGGCCAGUGUGGGGACCAUGUCUCAGUCUGGCAAGAUCUUGCACCUGUAUGUGGAGGUGAGGUCUGUCCCGGAGGAGGAGGAAGGGAAGGAGUUGGGGGGUGGUGUGGAGGGGAUUCACCCACUAGUGCUCCAAGAGCCGGACAUCCUACCUCAGUCCCAGCGCACCCCCAGCCACUCCACCUGUACCUGCACCUCCACCCCCAGCCUAACCUCCAUGUCCCCAGGAGUGGUGCAUAAUGUUGGAGGCAGCAGUCUCAGCCUCACCCCCUCCAAGUCCUCCUCUAGACACUCUGUCAGUUUCCAGCUGGACCUACCGGACAACUCAGGACCGCCCAUCCACCAUAGGCAGAGUCUGCCUUACGAGGGGACUGGUCAACUGCUCUCCACUCUCCAGCCUGCACCCAACGGGCCGCAGCAUGGAACUCUGGUGCGCACCCGCUCCUCAGACAUUGAGCACUACCACGGGAGGGUGCCCCUAUCCCCUGCCUCCUCUGGGAUAAUAACUGCCCCCUCCACUCCAACCAGUGGGUGCAGGUUCUAUGAUAGCUCUGGUGUGGGGGAUGAGGGCAAGCGCUCUGUGGUCAGCUUUAGCUACAUAGAGAAAGCCAGCAUUAAGUCUGUGGACAGCCCCUGCAGUGCUUUGUGCCAAAGUAUACCUGAGAACCCCUUCAGUAGAGGAAUGGAGGAGAGGUAUCUGCCUGCCCACCUCAGGAAGAGGCUUAGUGACCCUGUGUGGUCGGACAGCUGGCAGCCCUCCGGUAGCUCCAGUCCCAAACUGUCCCCCAAGGGCUCCCCCUGUCUCCGCAGGGCCACUCUGGACACUGUAGCCAGAGAAGCCACCUACAGGGCCAUGGAGGAAUUUGGCUCCCCGAAACUGAGGCGCAGACUGGCAGCCUACAGCCCAGACCAGAGCCCCAGCUUUCCCCGGCACUACCAGCAGCAGCUCCGCUGCAAGUCCUGGGUUGGGUCCCCAGUCCUGCCUCAGGGUACCAAAACACUGCCCGUCAAUCCACACCUCAUAGACCCAGACAGGAACCGCGGUUUAAAUGGCCUCACCAGAAGCCCAGCUUCUGACCAGCUCUUCGUUCAAGCCAGGCAGUCCUACUACAAAUACACCAUGUCCCCCUCCAGUGUUCGCCACCACUAUGGUGUCCAUAACCACAGGCCAGGCCUGGGGGACGAGAGCCCCAGCUUGUCCUCCAAGUUCCGCCCGCCUUUACCUACAGGGAGGCCCACUGCAAUCCAGCAUGACAUACCAGCAAGCAUGUCUACCAGCACCUCAGCCUCUUGCAACCAGAGGACUAGCAGCCAAACCAGCAGCCACACUCCUAGCGAUAGCCACUGCUUACGCAACAAGGUCAACUCCAAACCGUCAGAUCAGUCAAAUGGCAGCAAGCUGGGAGAGGGAUUGAACCAGACCAGUGGCAGGAGAAGUAUCUCCCAGGCCUCUAGCCCUGACAUGGCCCGUAAGCUGGCAGAGGAGGUUACCAAGCUUCCCACCAUCCUCAUGGACAGGAGGACUCCCUCCCCCACCCCGUUCCAGGCUGACUCGGCUAAGUCAGAGAGCCCCAGGCCUGGCUACCUCUCUAGGAAGUCUCAACCCUAUACCACCCUCCAGGGCACGGGUUCUCCAGCGCAGCCCCACCCUGAAGCUAACAGUAACACCCACCUCCAGGACCACAGGUGGACAGACAAGGAGUCUCCUAGUGUUGGAUGCCACUCCAGAGAGUCCAGACCAGGCCAAGGCUCGGGGCAAGCCUCCCCCCUCCUACAGCAGAAAGGCAUCUCCUCCCCUACUAUGCCAGCUAUGCUGCACCCAGUGGUGGCGUCCCACACUCCUAUCAUAGACCCUCGGCUGCAGAGAGCUGAGCUGGUGGCGAAAGACAGCCCCACCCUGCACCGCCACCAACCCCCACAGUACAUGGGAGACCGGGGCUCCCCUGGCCUGUAUAGGAGACAGUACGACACCCUCUUUGACAGAGGUGGUCCAAGGGACAGCCCGGAGAGCAGCAGGCGCCUGGUUAUAGGCCUUGACAUGGAGCCACCAGACAGCUGGACCUCCAGGAUGCAGCAGUGGAGGGAGAACGUGUCCGUCACGGACCAAGACGAGUCCAAUAGGGAGGAUCCGACUGCUGAUGGUGAUGGAUUGUGUGUGUUGACCAAGGAAGAGCUGAUGCAACAGGGGAGGGAUGAAGCAGCUGUGUUGGGGGAUAAACAUGGGGUAAACAGGGGGGAGACCCAGGACCAUAGCGGAUUGCUGGGKUCUUCCCAAAGCUCCAGUGGAGUGACAGGCAGUCUGGAGGAAAACAGUCAGCCAGAGAGGGACUGUCUCUCUCCAGAGACAUCCAGCCAGUCCAGCCAGAAGAGCAAUGACACAGAAGACACUGCUUCUGGGAUGCAGUCGGACAGCCACUCCUCUGUGCUGGGCCCGUCCUUGCACUCCCAGAGGAUUGCCCAUGCCAAAUGGGAGUUCCUGUUCGGACAGCCCACAGAGGACUGCCACGAUUCUAAAGACUCUACAGCCCCUCCUAGGGGCACCUCCAGCGAGUCUCCCAAGCCUACCCCUCCCUCCUCCCUGCCCCUGAAGCCCACAAAUCACUGGAGGGGGCUGGACGAUGAGGGACAGAGUUUAUCCUAUCACAACGUCCAGCAGGUGGAGGUGGAGCUGRUGACUCCACCCUUAGUCGCUGUGGUUGGCAUCUCACCCAAGACGGGCAUCAUCCGGAAAACCAUCAAGUACUCUGAGACGGACUUAGAUGCGGUGCCUCUGAAAUGCUAUAGGGAAACAGAUCUGGAUGAGGUAAUGUUAGCUGAGGCUGAGGCCCAGGCAGAGAGAGAGAGAGAACAGGAGGAGGUGGAAGUGGACUCUGCCUUUGGGAGUAAUCGCAGCGUGCUGGGCACCUCGGCCUCCAGCGCCAGUACCAUAGUCCACACUGACGGAGAGGUGGAGGAGCUGGAGGAGSAGGUGGUGAGCUGGGCCAGUGUGAGGAUGCAGGGGGAUAAGAAGAGACAACAUGCCACCCAUGAGGAUAAUCAGACAUGCAGUCUGCUGAUGAAGGGUCGUCCUUUGGACUACAUAUCGGAUUCCCAUUCAGCACUCAAGUCCCCCAUCUCAUUGACCAGUYCUCGCAGGAUCUCUGCGGAUGGCCUGGACUCCUUCAGCCACCACUUUGAGAGCAUUGUGGAGUCUCACCGGGCUAAGGGCACCUCCUACAGCAGCCUGGACAGCGUUGACCUUUUGACCUCCAGCGGCCCGCCCGUUUUCACCUUUGACCUUCCCACCCUCACCCCUGAGAUCCAGAGYCAGAUUUGUGAGAGUGCGCGUCACAUCACGGAGCUGAGUUUUGCCCAACUGGCCCAUCCAGAKCCUCCCAGGGUGUCUGUCCCUGUCCGGUCUGAGAACACCCUGGCCCCCACAGGAGACGGGCUCAGCAGCUACUCUGAGGAUUCUACUUCAGGAGGGAAGUCCCGGUUGGAGAAAGACUCAAUGAAAACUAAGUCUAACUUAGACUUUCCUCUCAUUAGGGAGAAGCCAGGCCACCGGGCUCCAGACCCGUUCCCACAGCAGGACGUGGGCGAGCACUUGGUCCUGGGCAGCACAGAGUCCCUGGCCAACGGAAACAAGGCUGACCUGCAGGCUGCCAAGCGCCUGGCCAAACGCCUGUUCAACCUGGAUGGCUUCAGGAAGUCUGACGUGGCCAGGCACCUCAGCAAGAAUAAUGAGUUUAGUCGGAUGGUGGCAGAGGAAUAUCUCAGUUACUUCAACUUCUCAGGCCUUACUAUUGACCAGGCAAUACGAGCCUUCCUGAGGGAGUUUGCCCUCAUGGGAGAGACACAAGAGAGGGAGCGAGUGCUGGCCCACUUCUCUAGGAGAUAUCUACAAUGCAACCCCAAUGCAAUACCUUCUGAAGACAGUGUCCACACUCUGACCUGUGCCCUGAUGCUGCUCAAUACAGACCUGCAUGGCCACAAUAUUGGCAAAAAGAUGUCCAUUCUGCAGUUCAUCAGCAACUUGGAAGGACUAAAUGAUGGAAAAGAUUUUCCUAGAGAACUGCUCAAGGCCUUGUACAACUCCAUCAGAAACGAGAAGCUCCAGUGGACCAUCGAUGAGGAGGAGUUGCGCAAGUCCUUUUCAGAGUUGGCCGAUUUGCGCACUGACUCCGCCUCUCACACCAUGAAGCGAAUUGGCAGUGGUCUAGGCGUGGCCCAGAAUCCUGACGCCCUGAUCUAUAAGAAUGGCUUCCUGGUGCGGAAGGUCCAUGCAGACUCUGACGGCAAGAARACCCCUCGAGGUAAGAGAGGAUGGAAGACGUUUUAUGUCAUGCUGAAGGGAUUGGUCCUUUACCUGCAGAAGGGAGAGUACCGUCCAGAGAAGCAGCUGUCUGAAGAGGAUCUGAAGAACGCUGUGUCCAUCCACCACUCUCUGGCCAUGAGGGCAGCAGACUACAGCAAGAGGCCCAACGUGUUCUACCUGCGCACUGCAGACUGGCGAGUGUUCCUCUUCCAAGCACCUAAUUCAGAGCAGAUGCAGUCGUGGAUCACCCGUAUCAACGUGGUCUCAGCCAUGUUCUCAGCGCCACCCUUCCCUGCUGCCAUCGGCUCCCAGAAGAAAUUCAGCCGCCCGCUGCUGCCGGGCUCCAAUAGCAAACUGUCUCAGGAGGAACAAGUGAAAUCCCAUGAGACACGUUUCCGGGCCAUCUCCUCUGAGCUGAUCGAGCUAACUGCUGUGAUUCCAGACAAAAAGGCCAAAGUUCGUGAUCUGGAGGAGCACAAGCAACGUGAGGAGUACCUGGAGUUUGAGAAAACUCGCUAUGGGACGUACGCAAUGCUACUGAGGUCUAAGAUCCGGAGUGGGGAAGAGGACCUGUCUCUGUUCGAGUCGCGCCUCUUUGACGAUGGGGGUCUCCAGAGGGCCCACUCCAGCCCCACUCUGCGGGAGGAGCACAGCAGCAGCAGCCAGGCCAGCAGUACCAGGGGGGGGGGAAGCAGCAGCAGCCAGGCCAGCAGUGCCAAGGGGGGGGCCAGCAGCAGUAGUUCCAGCACCAGGGGGAGCAGCAAGACCAAGCGCUCCGAGCCCCAGAGACACAGCUACAGACAGGCUGUCAAACAGUGAGACGGACACGAGGCUGUUGGGGUGGACAGGGUGGUUUAAACGAUUGGACUAUCCGUGUUGAUCGAUACACAGGGACCACUGGUGUGCCCGGUCUCCAUGACUGGAAAAUGGUGUGGAGGAGAAAGAUAAUGGGGGGGAUAGACCUGUUGCAUGCUUCUAUCUCGAGAAACCACAGACACUGGAUGCACCAGGGCUAAUUAUACAGUACAGUGGAUACUYGGGUCCCCCAUUUUACUAUACAAAUUACUAACUUCUGUGUGGUCCUACAUUACUGGUACUAUCCACAUUCAUUUUAUUUCAUUAUGCUUGGACCAAAAUCUUGUUGACACAUAAGAGACCGAGAUCGGAAUAUUACGUUAAAUCAGCCAUUAGAUCUGGGGUUUUUAAGAGGUGUAGGUUGUUUUCCCUCCACGAAAGUUCAGUAUCGAUYCAUUCCAGGAGGGACCGAGACAGAGCUGCAUCAGCUCAUCUAACUGUUCCCAUGGAGACUAAACGGACCCCGUGCCCAUGUCAGGACCCCUAGCGACCAGAGUGCCAGGACCUCAACCCACCCACRAUGCAUUUGGAGGAAACUGGAAGAAACACUGUAUUCUUCAUGAGACAUGAUCAAUUGGAACGAAUAUAGAAGGUUACUGGACAUCAUUUUAUGAUGCUGCAUGCACAUACUAGUUUUGUUUUCAAAGUCUUUGCUAUGAUUUUGUUAUUCRAAGGACUUUUCUUGUGACAAACUGCACUGAUCCAGAACCAGGCCCRGUUUGAGUAACUGUGUAGCUCUGCUGGAUCUAAUUAUUUCUAAAGACCUUUUACACACAUCAGCUAUGGCACCGAGAGAUUUGUCAUACUAAUGGGUUGAUGAAGUAGAUUGRUCACACAGGCUGGCUAUCUGUCCGUUUAAUUAACUUUUGAAGAGGAGAACUGCAUGCAUAUCAGGAGUUUGACGACUCUGUCUUCGAGGACAUGCUUCACUAUGAUAUCAAAAGACAAUYGUUUUUUUGUUUUUAUUCUUACGUUAUUCACGUGGUGUUUUGUAUUUGUACAACUGAAAAUGUAACAUGACAGAGCUUAGUUUACAGUACAUMUCAGCUGUAUGUCAAACACUCGUUUGAAAGUGUCUACAGGAAGAACUCGUCAGAUCAUUGAUGACAAAUUAAUUCAAAUGUUGGUAGAAUGUUGAUUUAAAUUCACUAUUAUGAAUUGUGAUGAGGCACUGUCUACCACACCCAAUAUAUUGUAUAAAAGAAUGUAACAUGUGUAAAAAUAUAUAGAAUGUUAUGGCGUGRCAUAGCCAUUUUCUUCUCAGGCUGGCAGUGUUGUCUGUAAACUGGUGCAGUAAUGCCACAAUAUAGCCACCAAAGGGUGCUGUUCAAAUCGGAAACGAUGGUCCUAGGUGGUAAGAUUGACUUGACUGUAUAAUACAGUAUUUAUCUGGGUGUCAUCRUGGACCCAGAGGCUGCAUUUACGCRGGCAGCCCAAUUCUGAUCUUUUCCCACCAAUUGGUCUUUUGACCAAUCACAUCWGAUCUUUUUCAGAGCUGAUCUGAUUGACCAAAAUUAUAAUAAAAUAGGUCUGCGUAAAUGCAGCCAGAGUGAAGUCUUACUGCUUUACUUUCCCAUGUGUUAAAAUGUGACCAGGGUGAAAUAGAUGAUUCCAUGGGGGGAGGUUCCCACCGCCAACAGUAUGAGAUUGUGUUGUUGAAUUAGACAGAAUAACCUGACAUGGCAGAAAUGUGUAACGGAGAUGGUUCAGUGAUGACUACCCUUGCGUCUUGAACUGCUACCUAGCUCAGCGGGCUAACAGUCUUGUGGGUUUAAACCAGAAACAUUGGCUGUCAUUGUAAUUCUAUGGGGACCAUGACAGGGUGAGGCAUGAUGUGUUCAGUCAUGCAGAAUGCCACAAUCACUUUUUGGGUGUGUCUUGCUCCCACUGUGAAUAYGUGAGGUUGUAUGGUGAGGGACAAUAAAUCAACAGUAGACCUAAAAGCUAAAGUAGCGUCAAGGGGCUUCUAAUGUGAUCGAACACAGGGGUUAUAACUUAUCACACCCUUCUGCACUUUGGGUUCGGGCCUAGUGUUGAAGUCGAAUAUCUUUYUUUUUUUGCUUACCAGUUAWCUUGGUCUUGUUGAGUAUUUGUCACUGUCAAACGUAGACUGCUAUUUCUGUACAUGUUUUUACUGGACUCACUUCCCAUAGAGAUGCUGAAACACACAACUUAUUUCUAGACAUUGUUCUUGAUUAACUCUGCAUAUUGUUUUAACACAUUAAGAUUUUGCUCUGUCAAAUAUACUAAAUGGUUUACCUUUUGAGGAAGAGAGGACAAAAAUAAACACAUUUUGAAAAGA